CGUAGUCAAGCAUCUACCUUCUCGACGACGACGACGUGCUGACCCCAUUGAACGCUACACUAACGGAGACGUUAAUUAAGAAUUCGUCGUCUGUCUUCCGUCUCAAAGAUGUUACUGUUAUUUAAUGAUUUUCUUAGAAAGUAAGCUAUUAAUUCCCAACGGCCAAGAUUGAGUUAAAUAAAUCGACGGGUGAGAUUGAAUCUGUAUCAAACGCUCUUAUUUAGAGAGAGGUAUGACUGAAAGAGACUUUUCGUUUUCUUCUCCGUUUCUCGCUCAUCGCUUACUGAAACCAGAAACAAGUUUAGGGUUUUUGCGGAGGUUUCAAAGUUAACAAUGGCGGAAGAGCACAAGCACGAGGAAUCGAUCAUGGAGAAGAUCUCUGAGAAGAUCCAUGGUCACGAUGACUCUUCUUCUUCUUCUUCCGAUUCGGAUGACGAUAAGAACUCUGCGUCUCUCAAAACCAAGAUUUAUCGUCUUUUCGGAAGAGAACAGCCUCUUCACAAGCUUUUCGGUGGCGGAAAACAUUCAGAAAAUCAGGAUAUAAACGAACGAUUUGGUUUGGUGUUUGCUGCUGCCGACAUUUUCCUGUGGAGGAACAAGAAGGUAUCAGGAGGAGUAUUGGGUGCUGCAACUGUUUCCUGGAUCUUAUUCGAGUUACUUGAGUACAAUCUUCUCACACUCUUCGGCCACAUUUCAAUUCUUGCUCUCGCAGUAUUGUUCUUGUGGUCUAGUGCUAGUACCUUCAUUCACAAGUCACCUCUUCAUAUCCCUGAAGUUCACAUCCCCGAGGAUGUUGUUCUUCAGCUUGCUUCUGGAUUAAGGAUUGAAAUCAAUCGUGGAUUUACUGUUCUUAGGGACAUUGCAUCAGGAAGAGAUCUUAAGAAGUUUCUGUUGGUGAUUGCUGGUUUAUGGGUUUUGUCCAAAGUUGGUAGCUCCUGCAACUUCUUGACCUUAAUCUACAUCGCAACUGUACUUCUCUUCACGAUUCCCGUGCUUUACGAGAAGUAUGAAGAUAAAGUAGAUGACUUUGGUGAAAAGGCGAUGAGGGAGAUCAAGAAGCAAUACGUGGAGUUCGACGUGAAGGUUUUGAGUAAGGUGAUGAGCAAAAUUCCUAAAGGAGCCUUUGCCUUUAUCAAGAAGAAAGAUUAGAGAGUGUGUAAGUUUCUCUCAUCAUCAUUAUCCGAGAUUAUUCAAGAUUGAUAUAUAAAUCUCGAAGCAUUGUUUUUUUGGCUGUUGGUUAAUAACCCUUUAUUCUCUCAAAUAUCUGCUAUAUGGAUUUUAUUCGGGUUUUAACCAAAUUUUAUAGCAAUAUUGAAUCUGAUUGAAAUUUGAAUUGAUCCUUUUUUCGGAUACCAUGGUCGUCAUGAAUGUUAUUAUGAUAAAUCUUUAAAUAUUCCGAACUUAAUUUAAUGUUUACAGAAGUUGAUUGUUUUGUAAAGAAAUUGAUUGUUUCUGCCAUUGAUUUCGCAAAGUUGGUUAGAACUAUGAAUUCGUAGAAUGUUUACAGUUUUUUCCUAAGAUUUACAUGUUGCACUGAUUUUGGUGUCAUCUUUCACAUUGUUAUUUAUCUCCGUUUUCCAUAAAGUGUAUUUAAAUAAAUGAGUUCCCCUAGUUUUAGUGCAAGUGUGCAACCAUUAAUGUAAAACGUAGACAUAUGUAGAAGUUU